UCAGCGCCUCGAUUGAGAAACACCGAGACUGUCCGGGUUCACUCUCAGUGAAACAAUACACUGAUACAGAAUUUAAAAGUCGGAUGGAUGCCUUAGAGGUUCAAGCUGAUUCAAAUAGGAAGAAAAGGUCAUACAGAGGCAAAGCCUGUGGAAACUGCAGGAUUCGAAAAAUUAAAUGUGAUGGUACGCGCCCAACAUGUUUGCAGUGUCUCCGAAGACCAGGAAGACCCAAUGUUGCUGGCUGCCAAUAUCCCAAUGCCGAACCUUCUGAAUCACAAAAUCUCGAAGCUGACAUUCGGAAUAAAGAAGCUCUUCUUAGGGAGCUCGAGGAACCAUUGUUGGAUGAUACUACCGUCAAGCUUAGCCUUCCAUAUGUCAAGGAGUAUGCCGAACAAUUACAUGUCAAUCAAGCAGAAGUACAUCGUAUUUCCCAACUGAAUGAUGAGAAUGUCAAUUUGGCUCAGGUGACAUCUAACCCACUCGAACCACUAAUAGACAAUUUCAUGAAGUUUGCAACCGAGUUUGGUUUCUUCCUUCACAUUCCUCACUUUCGUCACUCAGCAUUACUCCCCGAAGGACAUCGUGAUAAGCCACACAAAGGACUCCUCAGCAUAGUUCAGCUUUUGGGACAUCAUCUUCGACGAAAACAGAACAAAAAAUUUCAUGAUAGUCAAGAGCACACUUUUCUUUCAUUAGCUAUACUCCAUCAGCCCAAUAUCAUCUCCUCUUCCCACCCAAACAAAGUAGUUCAUGCGAUCCAAGCCGAGAUUUUGCUGGGCAUGUAUUUCUACCAUGCGUCCCGACCUUCAACAGCCAAGUACCAUCUCAAUGCUGCCCUUGCUAUGGCUCUGGCUGCGGGUGCUCACAAAAUUUGCAAUUACGAUACAACCUUGUUCCAGUACCCUGCUGGAAAAGACCCCGAGGAGGAGAGACAUCGAAUUAUGGAGGGAGAAAAGAUCAAUGGUUUCUGGGUGGCGCUAUCAUUGAACGUCUGCCUUGUAGUUGCACUACACUCACCUAUUAAUGAGAUUUUGCUGCUUCAAACCCAGAUGUCUAGUUUUAGCAUUGAUACGCCGUGGCCAAUGGAUAUUCAGUCUUACGCAACGGUAUCAUUUUUCUCGACCUCGCUGUUGCCAAUCUAA